UUUCCAACACUGUAGAGGCGUUACCGUUCGCCACUCUCAUUGGUCAGAUUGGUCGAUCGAUCAAAUUGACAUCGCGUGAGCUAACCAAAGUAACACACCCAUCAAAAACAGCUUUUCGUCGCUUGGCUGACUAACGUUUCUUUGCAUCAUCAGAAGAACUCGUUUGAACCUGCGAAUAUGGCCAAAGGCAGUCAAGGCAUCAAUCAGGAGCUGUCAGAUGUGCUGAACGAACUGUGGAAGUUGGAUGUGAACCGCAUGAAACCUGGAAAAGACUAUAAGAUCAACCUACAAGGGAAGGCUGGAUUUGUAUCUGAGGGCAGUAACAGUGCCAGGGACAGCGCAAGAGCUCCUCUCUUCUCAUAUGUCAAUGAAAACAAGCUCAAAAGUAUUGAUACCUAUGCCUACUUCAUAUAUCUGCUGGACAAUUAUGAGAUGUCUACAGGAGUGGCUGAGCAGGUGUCAAAAGAGGAGCUCAAGGAGAACAAUCUUUUCCUGGAUGCCAUUCUGAAGACCGAGAUAAUGAAGUGUGCCCACAGGUAUUUAGUACGCAAGGGUCGAGCCCAGUCGGAUCCGGCUCAGUUUAAGAGGCAACUCUAUGAUAUUUGGUUCAAGCUCUAUCACAGAGACAAAAGUGGAGGUGAAGAUUCCUGUGGAUUUGAGCAUGUGUUUGUUGGUGAAACCAAGCAUGGCAAAGAGAUCAUGGGCCUCCAUAACUGGGUCCAGUUUUACCAUCAGGAGCAACACAAUCAUGUGGACUACAAAGGAUACAAGGCCAGGAAUAACAAGGACACGCCAGAUGAGGACGAUCACGUCUUAAACUUGCAGUUCAGCUGGAAUGGUCUAGUCAAGCCAGUGGGCAGCUGUUUCAUAGGCGUCAGCCCAGAGUUUGAGGUGGCUCUGUUUACCAUCGUCUUCCUUCUGUCUGAUGAGCGUGUGACCAAUGUUAAGGUUAAAGUGGAUGAGUACCUGCUGGAGAUUGUGGUGUACAGAUUUGGGAACUCCAUUGGGACAUCAUACCCCAAAAUGAUCAGCAGCAACAACCGGGAUCUCUAGGUCUCACUGAAAGGUCAUACCUGGUAUGGAAAAAAGCGAUACUAGGAAAGGCUAACAAAAGGCUAACCAGGAAAAAGGGGGCUUUAUAAUCCAAAUUCAGUUUGUGAUCCUUAAAUCUUUAAUCUUGAACUAGUUAUGUCAUAGGUAUUUUUUUGUACCACUAUUAGAGUUCUGCAUAAUGACAGUUGUCAUUCAACACUUAAACUUGUCAUAAUUACACUCAGGCUCUUAUAGUUGGAUUAACCAUAAAUUGCUUAGAAAUGUGUUUAGCCUAUAGACAGCUGAGCUAUAAUCAUUGAUAAUCAAAGACCAAAUCUAACUGCUACAAGCUUUUAGAAAUCUUUUUUUUUUUUUACAUUUAUUAUUAUUUUUUUUUAUUGAGCAAGAAAGUUGCACAUUAUAAAUCAAACUCUUAUGUAUAUUUUAUUAAUCUUAAACUGUCAAUGGGACUGUGCACUAGACGAACGUGGAAAAUGAACACGGGCCUUUAUAGAAGAAUAAUGUCGUUUUCCCUUUUUGUUUCUUAUCUGGAACUGCAUAGCAUACAAAUAAAUCUGCUAAAAAGUUAUGUAGCUUAUUUUGUAGAAAUAGAUACUUUAAAGUAUGUGCCAAAACCUUUACUGCUGGUACAGUCAUAUAUGUGUGCCUUUUGGUUGUUAAAAUAAAGACAUUUUCCAUAUAUAUAUAA